CUCACACUCAGGGUCGGCCGAAGAGUCCCGUCUGGGCCCCCUUUUGGCCGGCACCGCCAGAGGCUCUGGGGACACGGUGGGGGCAGACGGCAGGCUGGCCCUCCGGGAAGGCAGCGGCACCCCCCGGCCUCCCGCCCCCACUAGUGCGGUAGGAAAAGCCAGCGGCGGCCACCCGGUGGACGGAGGGCCUGUGGAGGAGCUUCAGGUGGCUCAGGAAGGCUUCUUUGCGCGGGGACGCACCGGAGCAGAGCCCGAGGGUCAGCAGGAGGAGCCGGUGGGGGACAGAAGCCUGAGCCGGAGACACAGGGACACAGGCAGGGCCGGUGUGACUGUGCAGAGGGCGUGGGCGCAGGACGGAGCAGGGGGCGCGGGACGUGGGACCUCACGGCAGUGACAAGGUUCUACGGGACGCCGGGAUGGGGUGGGGAGGCUUGGAAGCAGGGCUCGGAAACUUGUCCCGGAGAGAGGUGGGGGCUUGGAAACGGGGCCGCGUCUCUCCCGUGCCAACGCCCCAGCUGUUUCUUGGCUUUUGGGCUCGUAGAGCGGGGGCUGCAGCCCGCUGCUCGCUGCCGGGUCCCGGCCGUCCACGCCCAUCCCUCUGCGGCCGGGAGGGGACGCCUGGAGGAGGCCGCGCACGCCCUUGUUCCAGAGCCGGUGAGCGGGCCCCACACACCCGCUGCCGCCCGACAGAUCCUGCGAUGUUUCCCAGGCAACUGCUUCAAUCUGCCCGUCUACCAGGCACUCCACACGCCCACGGAUGCUCUGCCUGGCUGCGGGCAGGCUUGCCAGCCUGGCACACGCCGGCCGGCAGGUGUGGUCCAGCGGAGCCCGCCGCCUGGCUUCGUCAGAGGGCCGAACUCUGGGGAGGAGGCGGCCCGGCAUUCCGGGCCGUCCUCACCUGGAGAGCAGGCACGGCCGGGGCGCCCCGAGCGGGAGCCCUGCUGUCCCGUCACGCGGCAAGGGAGGCGGCGGCCGCCGCCGUGAACACGCGCCGCCCACGGCCAGCGUCACCUACGAGGCCGUUCCGCUUUCCAGGGCUUUCCAGGUCGUGCCCGCCAGCUUCGGCCCCUGUUCCGCCCGUCUGUGCCGUCCUGACCCCAUUUGCACGGUGGCCCGCGGGCAGAACCGGCCCCCCCAAAAUCCAAGGAGGGGGCGGGGGGCUUAGACGGCCCCAGCUUGUUCCGGGCCAGGACGUGGCUAGAGGCCUCGCGGGGCUCAAGCCCUGUCUCGGAGCAGGGUCUGACUGGGAACCUCAGCCGGGCUCCCGGGGACAUCGGCGCCUGCGGGAGGUCGGUCUCGCUCCCCCAGAGGGAGCGAGGAACCCGCACCCACCUGGCUCUGAGAGCACCAGGAGCCGAGACCUGUGCUCCCUGGUGGCGGAAGGUGGCGGGAGCGAGGGGCCCCUGACCGCCCGGCCGCACAUGUCCCACGCCGGACCCGGCACCCGGGAGGGGGUGGCACUGGCCCAUCACGCACAUGCCAGCACUGCCCUGCGGACGGAGCCGGGGAGAGCUCGGAGUGGGCCGCUGGCUGCGGGCUCCCGCACCCCUGCCCCGCACUUGCUGCUUUGCCCGAGGGGGCCUCUUCUCGCGGAGACGGUCUCCGUAAACACGAAUUUGGCUCGUAUGGAACUUGUCUCCGCAGGGCGGGCAUCCGUCACACUCAGAAAUGAUCUUCCAGUGAAGCUCCACUCGCUGCCUGUCACCGCGGUGGGCGGCCCAGAAAACGUGAGCCCUUCAAUCAAGUUCAACGUCCGACCUUCUCCUGUCCCACACCGCCGCUGCGUCGGGGGACCCGGCGCUUCCACUCCCCGUGCGAAAGGAGCCCAGGCCGUGCGAGGUCUACAGAGGAAGGCACUGGAAGGGGCAGGAAUAGUUGGGACACUGAACCCCGGCGCUCAGCUCCCGGGGAGAAGUCAGCGCCUUCCUCUGCCUCAGGGAGGCGUGGCGCCGGCCCUCCCGCGUGUCCCCGUGGCCCGGAACGCAGAAGUGCUGGUGUUUCCAUCAAAGGCUUCGAGGCUGUGGAGGCUGAAGCCGGGCGCGUGGGAACCCCUGACACGAGCCGCUGGGCAGUCCCGGGGCUGCUGGGCUCCUGCGGCCUGCAUGCCCGGGGUCCGUCUGGGCUUCCCCACCCUGGGAGCAGGCCCCACAACCCCAAACCUACCGGGAGGCAGCCCGAGAUGGGGUCCCCCCACGCCCCUCUGCUGCUGGAAAUCAGUUCCCUCAGUCCCACCUCUGGUUAGAGGAGGGACCCCUGGCCUCAGUCUCCCCAAAUGUUGGCGAGGCCGCCUCGGGGCCGCGAGGAGCAGGCUGUGGGGCGCGCUGGGGCGGGUGCAAAGCGCGGCUCCCAGCGCGCACAAGGGCGGGGUGGGGUCGGGUCGAGGAGGGGGCCCGGGUCCACGGCGCGCAGGCGGGAGGUUGGCGCGCGGGCCCGGGGCCCGGGUCCUGUCCCCGCAGGGAGGGGGCGGGGAGCCGGCGGGGGAGCCCUGCGGGGGCCGGGGCCGGGGGCGGGGCCUGUCUCGGGGGCGGGGUCCGCGGCGGGCCGCCCACUUCCGCCGGACGCGCGGCUCAAGACGAAUGGAGGCGGCGCGGAGGCCGCGGUUGGGGCUGCGCCGCCGGAGGCCGUCCUCGGGGGGCGGUGGCCGCGCGGGGCCCCCCCCGGAGGACGGAGGCGAGUGCGCGCGGCCGUGGGCGGAGCUGCUGCGCGCUGCGAGAGCGGAUCUGAACCCCGACGGAGAGCUGCCGCCGCUGCCCGCCUUCCCCGGCCCGGAAUCUGGACGCGGUCCCGAGCGUGCCGCGUCCCCCGAGGUGUUCACCGUGGGACCGCACACCUUUUCCUGGACGCCCUUCCCACCGGCCCCGAGCGGAGGCGGGGGCUCAGGCCGUUGCUACAAGCCGCUCCUUGGGGCCGGGGGGCUCCCGGGGUCCCCCGCCCGGUCCCCGCAGCGAUGUCUGGGGCCUGAGCCCCGCGGGACCCCCGGCGCCCGGGAGCGACCGUGGGAGGCGGCGCCGACCCUGCGGACCUGCCCCAUGUGCCAGACCGACUUCGCCCCCGGGCUGGCCCAGCUGGACAUCGACAACCACCUCGCUCAGUGCCUGGAGGAGAGUGCAGAGGACGUGGUGUGGUGACUGACCUGCG